UGUGCCUGAAGCAAAACUCGCGGACGAAACGAAAGAUAUUCCGUAAUCCGGUGUCUGCAGACCCGCCGUUUUAAUUGCCACGUUUUAUUCCCUUUUUCCCUGCCCUCUCGUUUCAUUUUCACGCUUUUCUUUCACUUGGGAUAAUUGGAAAACUUCUCCGUGAGAAAGAUGUGCAGCUUGAGCGGCAUAAGUUAGCCUGUUAAACGUACGGUGCGCGUAUUCGUUUGUAUUACAAGUGUAAGACCGCGUGUAAAAAUAUUUUGGGAUGACGAACAUCCAAUAAUCGGCGUCUCGCACGACGGAGCGAUCUUCGAACCGGUAGAUCGAUCAGCCAUCUGGUAACACACGUUAUACGCAUACCUACGACUCGUACGCUACAUCGUAAAAUUAAAUCCAACGACGAAACAUGGCUGUUUUUUUAUUUGUGCCAGAGAUUGAUAUGCCGUGUGUUAAACUUCCGUUCAAACUUACAUUCACUUCCGCCACGUGUCUCGCGUUCACCGUUCGAUCAAAGACCGCUCAUUUACGAUUACGGAGAGAUUUACGGUAGAAAAUAAAUUGCAGAAGCUGAGGUGGGAGAAAAAUUGAAGCGACCUUCGCGAGAUCGUCGUGAUUAGUUUAAUUGGUCCGACAGCUGCGGCAAUGCUUGCGGUUUAAUUCAUCGACGUUUGAAAAGAAGAUCCAUUAAUUCCCUCGGGAUCGGGUAAAAGCGCGAGACUCCCGGGGGUGAAAAAGCGGCGCGCACAAGUCGCCCUGGGUGCCUGAUUGUCUUUAUUGCGACCCCACGUGGCUUACCGGUUUUAUCCAUUACGAACGCAUAGCGGCGCACUUCUAGCAACUGAGUAACCGAAAGUAUCCUGCCUCGACGACCCGGUAUUUCCCAGUCUGCGAUCGGCGACCGACGAGGCGAAACCAGGAGCUCAACUUCCAGUCUUCGUUGGUACUCCUUACCAGCGAAAAUUAUAAAUUUCCUCUCUUCCCCUCAUUCCACCGCUUGGCAUGCGACAAGUCGAGGCUAGGCGGACAUGUGUCCUUCUGACGGCUCUGCUCGCCACGUUUUUCGGGGGUGUUGACGCCAGGACGUUCACUCUGGGCUACAUCACCGGAUCGAAACGGAGACCCGAAGAUAUGGAGUACCAGAGACCCGGCCUCCUAAUUUCCGGGGCGAUAAGCCUGGCGGUGGAUGAGGUUAACUCGGGCGAACUGGCGAAACGGGGACACAAACUCGAUUUCAUUGUCGCCGAGACCUACGGCGAAGAGGAGACCAGCAUUCUCAUGACCGCCGAUCUAUGGACCAAAAAUAUCAGCGCCUACAUCGGACCCCAGGAAACUUGCAUUCACGAGGGACGGAUGGCCGCUGCUUUCAACCUACCCAUGAUUUCCUACUUUUGCACGCAUCGGGAAACUUCGGACAAAGCAGAGUUUCCAACUUUCGCAAGAACCCGACCACCGGACACCCAGAUAUCCAAAUCGGUCGUCUCGGUCCUGCUCGCCUUCAACUGGACCAAAGUGACUUUCAUGUACAUGAACUCCACCCUCUUCGAGUUCAACAAGAUGUCUACUGUGGCCGAGACGAUACUGUCGUCCUUUGAUACGGCUGGCAUAACUCUGAACUCGUUGAAAUGCUGGGGCGAGCCGUACCUCCACACCUACGUGGACAACCCUUUUCAUCAGCACGUUAAGGACACCUACCACGAGACACGGAUAUACGUGAUACUCGGAAAUUAUUACGACCAUAUUGGAUUACUGAUGGCUUUGGACAAGAGAGAAUUGCUGGAAAAAGGGGAUUAUUGGGUGGUCGGUGUCGACCUCGAAGCUUACGAUGAACAAUCCCCGGAGAAAUAUCUCAGAGGCUUGCUGGAGAAUGAGACUAAUUUUGGGAUAAUACGAGCCUUCCGGAGUUACUUCAGCAUCGUCGCAUCGCCGCCUGCGGUCGACUUUAAAAACUUGACACGAAAGAUCGACGAGUACAGGCGAAAACCGCCGUUCAACUUCACCAAUCCCUUGGAUAAGGUCAACGGGUUUUUUCCGAUCCGACCCGAGACGUCUUACCUCUACGACGCGGUUCACCUCUACGAGCGCACCCUGCUGCAGGCCCUCGACGAGGGCAGGGACCCGAGGGACGGCAGAGGGAUGGUGGCAGCCCUUCGCGGGGUCCACUAUCGCAGUGCCAUGGGGUACAUGGUUUACAUGGACGAGAACGGUGACGCCGAGGGCAAUUACUCCGUAAUUGCCAUUGGUAAUCAGCCAAAGGACGACGGGGAGGACAGAUUCGGCCUUUAUCCAAUCGGGUACUUCGUUGGGAAGGAGGAGAAGUCCGGUUUACCGAGACUACGGUUAACCAAGAAAAUACCUUGGAUCAGAGGAACGCCACCCAUUGCCGAACCCUACUGCGGCUACCACGGUGAAAAGUGCAAGUCGCACACUGGUGAAAUAGUAGGCGGCGUCGCGGGGGGAUUGCUCUUGAUACUAACUGGGAUCGCCCUGGUGCUCUACAGGAAUUGGCGGUACGAGCAGGCACUCGACUCGCUUCUGUGGAAAGUCAACUAUAAGGAAAUUCAGGUCAAGGAACAGGAGGACGAAGCUACUCCCGCUAAAAGCGAGACAGACGACGCCACAAAAAAUAUCAAGGCGAUUCAGCCAGUCGUGAGAACGAGUCAAGUGUCAUUAAGCUCGAACCCAGAUGCGGAUUUUCGCUACUCGACUAUCUUCACCCAAAUAGGAGUCUACAAGGGGCGAAUAUACGCGGUGAAAAAGGUGCGAAAAAAAUCUAUCGAAAUCACCAGGGAGAUGAAGAAGGAGCUGAAAAUGAUGCGGGAUUUGCGGCACGACAAUUUAAACGCUUUCAUCGGAGCCUGCACCGAUCCCCCAAACAUUUGCAUAGUGGUGGAAUAUUGCACGAGAGGAAGCCUGAAGGACAUCCUAGACAACGAGGACGUCAAAUUGGAUAACAUGUUCAUAGCUUCGUUAGUCGGGGACAUUAUCAGGGGGAUGAUAUACCUUCACGAGUCGCCGGUCCGAUUUCACGGAGCACUGAGCACGUCCAACUGUCUUGUCGACUCCCGUUGGGUGGUAAAACUUGCGGACUUUGGUCUCCGCGAAUUCAAGAGAAACGCCGAGUGCGAACCGACUGAUAUAAUUAAGAAAUACGAAGGGCUGCUGUAUCGGGCACCAGAACUUCUCCGUUCGCCCCAAAUAAGAGAACCCUCGAUUCGGGACUACCAGAAGGGUGACGUGUAUUCCUUCGGGAUUGUUCUCUACGAGAUACAAGGACGCCACGGGCCGUUCGGCAUCACCGACUUAUCUGCUCCGGAGAUUCUGAAGAGAGUUAUCACUCGCAAACCGGGGAAGCCACCGUACAGACCGCCGUUCGACAAGCUGGAAAACAGUUUCGACUUCGUUCGGGAUUGCCUGGUCGAAUGUUGGGCUGAGAACCCGGAUGAUCGGCCAGACUUCAAAGUAGUCAGAAACAGACUGCGUCCCCUGAAAAAAGGCAUGAAACCGAACAUAUUCGACAACAUGAUGGCUAUGAUGGAGAAAUACGCUACGAAUUUAGAAGUACUCGUCGACGAGAGAACCGAUCAGCUGAUCGAGGAAAAGAAAAAAACAGACGCGCUUCUGUACGAGAUGCUUCCACGAUACGUCGCCGAGCAACUGAAACGGGGGCACAAAGUCGAGGCGGAGGGAUUUGACUGCGUGACAAUAUACUUCAGCGACAUAGUCGGGUUCACGUCGAUGUCAGCGGAAAGCACACCGUUGCAGGUGGUCGACUUCCUGAACGACCUGUACACGUGCUUCGACUCGACGAUAGAAAACUACGACGUGUACAAGGUGGAGACGAUCGGAGAUGCCUACAUGGUGGUCAGUGGACUUCCCAUCAGAAAUGGCAAUCAGCACGCGGGCGAAAUUGCCACGAUGUCUUUGUGCCUUCUCAACGCUGUUAAACAGUUCAGCAUACGUCACAGACCUCUCGACAAGCUACAACUUCGCAUCGGUAUUCAUUCGGGACCAGUAUGCGCGGGUGUGGUUGGUCUGAAAAUGCCGCGAUACUGCCUCUUCGGUGACACGGUAAACACGGCGAGUCGGAUGGAGUCAACGGGCCAACCGUUGAAGAUCCACUGCAGCUGGGAGACGAAACGACUUCUGGACGAAGUCGGCGGCUUCCACCUGGUGGAACGCGGCGUUGUCUCGAUGAAGGGAAAGGGCGAGCGUCUGACCUACUGGCUCAUCGGGGAGGACCCUUUCCUCCAGCAGCAGAGAUCGAAGGAACGGUUAGCCCGUCGUUCCCAGCAGCCGUCGUCCUGCGGAGGAGUCUCAGCCACCGGAGAGUCCUCGGCGCCGCGAAGCUCGUUGAAGAACAAGUCCCUAGUAAGAAAGACCUUCCUAAGGUGCUCGAGCGAGUCCCCGAAGCGGUUGAGGUUCGCCAGCUCGGAUCAGCUCGACCAGCAGACUCAGCGAAGCGGAAGUCGACUCGAAUCCAUAGCCGACAACAGUCCCUGCAAGAAGCGGCCAUCCUGCGGCCUCGGAGGCUCCGGAUGCAUGGAGACGAUGCGCUCCGCAAGCUCGUCCUGUCCCUGCGUCGAAAAGCUCUGCGACUCGGAGCCCUCCCCGUCGAUCCUGAACGCGGAACCGGAAGUCUUACGCGCCGAGGCGAACGGCGGGCUUCCGAUGGCCGGAAGCGUUCCGGUCUUGCGGAACGACUGCAGCCGCAUCGGGCCCCGGAAUUUUCGGCUCAAGCCGAAUCUGGGUCUGCAGAUGGUCUGCAGGUCCGCGCCCAGCAGCCCGAGGCACAGUUCUCUGGUCGUCGACGCCCCGCGUCGCGACACCCAGUCGACGGAGGAAAUCGACGGGUGGGACUCCACCCCGCUCAUAUACUCGGCCAGCCAGUGUCCCGACUGACUGAGCGGCUGAGUGUCACCGCAUUUUCGGCCGCUUUGUGUUUUUUGAGCUUUAAUAAAGGCGCGGGUUUGUUCGCUUUAUCGCGGGGGCAGCUCGCGAUAUUGCGCCGCCUGGAAAAUAUCGCCCUCCGGCUUUUCCGCGGCUCGGUAUAAUGCCGGCAUAACGGUUGAAAGCUGCGGGGGACGAGCGAGUCGGUGGUAUUGCUAUUCUAGCCAGUCACAGUAAAUCUUUACUUCAUCUUAAUCUCGCCGAAUGAGGGUAGGUGACGUAAUGGCUCGUUAUGCCCCGUUUUUAUUCCCGUCAUAAAUAAGCCGGUAAAUUUAAAUGACAUAAUAAAGUGUCCUGUACCAAAGUCUGCUCCUCCAUUAUAUCUACGACCGACGCGUUAAAAAUAUUUACCCGUCCUCGUACCCGGCUCGUUAAAUAACGCGGAUCACGCUGAUUAGUACGUUUAAAUUAAUCCUUCACCCUCCUCAUUCUUCUCCCGUCCCCCCACCAUCUCGCUAAUUAGUCGAGUCAAAACUCUUUCUCUCCGUCUCCUUCUCUCCCUCUCUCCCUCUCUCUCUCUCUCUAAUUCCCAGCUUCGCUCAACUCGAUAAAAUUUCACCGCGCGCGUUAUAGUUUAGCGUCGUUACGAUUUUCUACAUUUUACUCCCGUCGCCUUCAAUUCAUUCCGAUUUCGACUAAUUACCGACCGAAAUAGUCCUCUCAGUCUAGCUAAAUAUCUUUGAUGUUCGUACGAAGUAUAUCAAGAGCCACGAUGUGUCUUUGAUCAAUCCGAUCAAUUUUCACAUGUGUCAUGUCUUUGUGUAUGAUGUUCGAUUCAAUAUCGUUAUCUACUGCCUAAUGCCUAAUCCCUGUACUAUCCAAAAAGUUUUGAUCAAUUCAGUUGUUCACACUGACAGCAGACUGUAGAAAAAAAAAAUGUUGAUAAAAAUAUCCUGAUCGUAGGAUAUCCUCAAAUAUUAUACAUCCUGUGAAAUUUCAAAAGACUUUGACAAAGGCUGUCCCUCGGAAUAACCAGUUCUACUUCGACCACCCCGUAGCAGUGAAACACGACGACGUCUGAGAAAUUGACUUUUACAUUGUUAUACAACUUCAGAAGAUAAUCGAGUAAAAGAAUUCUCCGAGGGCUCAUCGGGAUUUCAAUAAUUUUUUUUCUUUCAAGAUACGAAUCGGAUCUUUUUACUGAAGGAGAGAAUAAAGAAUAUUGAAGCGCGGGUGACUGGGACUCAAUUGAGGCAGGCGAGUAACUUCUUGCAAUAUUUAAUAAUCUUGUUUGGAUUCUUCACAUUUUUAACCCGUGAAUUGUUUGAAGUGAGAUAUACGCACCGGAUAUUAGACAAAAAGGGGUUACGUAUUGCAGUAUCUAGCAUCCAUUAUUACUGCAUUAAAAAUUGAAUAAGAUUAUAUAAUAUACACAGAUUUACGAUUAGGCGUAAGUUUUAUUAUAGCUUAGACAAUCAAAAAGGCUCGUGCUUUUAUUGAUACACUUACUCAAGUAUAAGUCAAUGCAUGUGUAACACACAGGUAUGUGUAUACAUGUAUGCAUAAAUUUUACCCAACUGGUAAUAUCGUAUUUUGUCAAGCAUAUAGUUAUUUAUAUAUUAUACAAAUAUAUAUAAUAUAUAUAUCUAGUCAAUUUCGAA